CUGUGGACGGUAAUCUGACUGAAUGCCAUAUGUCAAGGUCACUCGGCUACCGUAUGUACUGUCAUAUGCAGGAGACAGGAUGAGGGACAAGCCCCGUCCCUGGGUAUCAGGAGGGGGUCUAGCAGGGGGUGGGGCUUCAACGUUAAGCCCAAAGCUUCUACGAUGUUCUAAACAAGGAUGUAUUCAGUGUGAACACCAUCGUUCCCAAGUCAAAACUACAAUGAACGGAAAAUACCACGAACAAGGAGCGGACUUUACAUUACUACUUUAUCAAGGAUCGCCCGUUCUGAGAACUGUUGGACGAGGAAGUGGGUGAUCAAUGGCACCGUGAUACUUGUCCAACUCCACUCCGUGUUCCUGUGUUUGUGGCAAGGGUGAAGGGCAUGAUACGGCGGUCCAUGACGAAGUCGUCUUGUGCGGCGAUACUGAUCGUGGCGCUACUAGCGUUCCUGCUGGCGUGGUACACAUAUUCAUCUAUUGGGGGAGGGUCUGGGGGAGCGAGAUACUGGGAGCAUCGCCUGAAGGAGGAACAGGAUUACGUAGACUUCAACCACGACUCACGACUUCGCCAACCCACAGAACCAUUUGAUGACUACAUCAACCCUGUGCAUUUCAACAAACACGUCUUUAAAGAAGGGAAAGAUAAAAAAAUACGCUGAGAAGAUAGGAAAGAGAAAUAAGAAGGGUAAACUAUAUGUAUAUUAUCCACACAGACUCGUUGGCAGGAGCAGUUGUGUUCCUUUCAAGACUAUGAAGAAUGGAACUCGUCUUUGUGUAUACAGCAAACGAGAUCAGUUCAUUUCAUCUCAAAUCCGGGACAAUGGAUCCUGGGAACCGGAUCUUCUCGCUGCCAUGGCAACGGCUCUGUCAUCCGUUCCCAGAAUGCACGUAGUUGAUAUCGGGUGUAAUGUCGGCAUGUACACGAUGUACGCUGCUCUAAUGGGGAGGAAGGUUGUUGCCGUGGAUCCAAUCAGUUCAAACUUGUUCUUGCUCCAUUCCUCUCUCACGUACGCCGGACUCCGGAACAACGUCCAGCUCCUUCUCAACGCUGUCUCCGACCACGUGGCGCCUGUCAAAGUCCUCGUCAACCGGUACAACGUCGGCGGGUCCAGGAUAGAACCCGUAUCUGAGUCAACACGUAACGACAACGACACCAUUGUUGAUUCGAUAGUGUUGGAUGAUCUGGUGCGUGUUGUGGACUUCAAGAAGGUGUUUAUCAAGAUGGACAUUGAAGGUCACGAGGUGAACGCGUUUCGUCGGGCCUCCCAGUUCUUCCAAACGUUUGACGUCCGUUACAUCAUGAUGGAGUGGAUGUUUCAGCGUCACUCCCCUCACGGGCGCGAGAUCGCCAACUUCCUCACCAGGAACGGCUUUCUGCCCUACACAGACGUCUCUGCUCACAACCUCCUCGAGGUGGAAGAAUAUUCCGCCUGGCCAGAUAAUAUGAUCUGGAUCAAGAAAUGAUUGUUAACAAGUGAUUGAAUUUACAAGCUUAUGAUUCCUUACUAACGAGAGUGUCCUCAGUCGGGUAUACGAACCCAGCAGUCUAUUACUAUUAGUCUAAUAUACUUUACCUCAAAGUUGAUCUUAUAUGUAUAUUUUUGAGUUAAUAAUUACUUAAGUUAGGGAUACCAUACCCGAAAAAUGAACUGUACUAGCACUUAAUCAGCACUCAAAAGAUAUUUGUACAAGCUUUUUUUUUAAAGAUAUAAUUUGAUUUAGAAGCUUUGCUUUUUUUCCGGCUCAAAUUUACAUUUCAAACAUGGUUGGGGUUAUGUGGUUGCAAAUUCAUUUCUUACCCAAGUCUUCAUUGUACUAAUUUAUCUUUACACAAAAUUACCCAGAACAGAUUACUUUUUACUGUUGCAGGAAUGAGUGAUGGUUAAAUAGACAAAAUUCAUAAUCAAUUACAUAAAAGCAAACUCGGUAUACUUUUGUUUUUAAUAUAAGCUAUUUCACUUAAUACACAUUUUGGAGCUUGUUAAAAUCUUGUAACACGCAUUUUACGUAUUUACCAGAAAUAUUAUAAAUAUGAUUAUCAAACAUGCGUGUUUUUAUCAUUUCUUCGCAUUUUAUUGGCCGUUAUAACGUCUUUCUCAACAAUAUUUCAGCUAUAUUUUGAACAUGUUAAUAAUGGAAUCUGGACCAGGCAAUACAGGCGUCGGGGUACAAUGCCACGCAAUCAACCAAGUCACCGUGCCAGACCACCCAAUCCGUAAAAUCUCCUCUUAAAACCGUCAUGGGAUACUGGGAACAUAUUGUAACCCCAUGGUGAUUUUGUUGGCUAUGUAGAAACUGAAAUACAAUAAUCAGUGAUAUAUAUAUAUAUAUAUGGCUUCUUUUAUUUUCCACAUGUCUAAAAAACCUGCAGAAACUACACACGGAACACCCUAAAACACACUGAGAUGACACCAGGUGUUGGUGAAACGGGUGUCCGGCCCUGUCGAUAUCAGCCAUAGUGAGAGAAGGUUUUUGAAAACCAUGACCGUUCAUACUAUGGUAAAAUAAUCGUGACGAUAUGUUACAUUGUGAUCAGGUAACAUUGAUAAGGGUUUCCUUUGGCCGUCGAUGAGAGAAAGUAAUUCAAAAGAACGAGUAAUCUGUUAGCAUGAGCGAAUGUGGAUUUUCACCGCUUUUAGAUAGCCUCUAUACCUCAAAGGACAUACCGCUUCAAUGAAACUGCAUCAUAAUGCUUUGCAGAUGAUUGUGACUUCAUCGCUUACCAUGACGUCAUAAUCAAAUGAUCUCACUACUCACUCUGACAGUGAAGCUGGUUACUGUAUAUAUUCUGGGCCCCGUUCCCCAAAGCGAUCUUAGCGCUAAGUCAAUCGUAACUCCCAUUCUUUACCACUGACUUACGACAAUCAUAGCGCUAAGAUCGCUUUGUGGAAUUGGGGCCUGUACUCCAAAGACUCUGAAGGCCUAUUCACGAAGCUGCUUUAGCGCUAAGAUUGGCGUAAGGGUGUCGUAGCGAAAACAUCUUAGCAAAGUAUAUUCUCGAAGCUGCUUCAGCGCUCAUUUAUCUUAAGUUUACGACUAAAUCAAUCUUUGGAUCUUACUACAGGUACAAUGGCGGC